UUCCUGAAACCGCUACUAUAAAACCCCUGCUAUACCCUCCCGCUCCUCUCAGAACGAGCCUCCUUUCCUUCUCUCUUCUUUUAUCUCCCAACCAAAAAGGAGUGACCUUUGGGCUGCGAAAUGUGCGGCGGAGCGAUCAUCUCCGACUUCAAGCCGGUGGGGACCCGGCGGCUGACGGCCGACUACCUGUUGCCGGACGUCAAGAAGGGGCGGAAGCAUGAGGUGGUGAAGAUCGAAGACGACUUUGAGGCCGAUUUCGAGGAGUUCGAGGAUGAAUCCGAGGAGGAAGUGGAGAUCGACGUCAAGCCCUUCGUCUUCGGCUCUAAAGUUCCCUUCUCUCGAGGGUUGUCAACCAAUCUAGCAUCUGUGGAUUUUGGUGGAUUUGUUUCUAAAUCAGCCAAAAGGAAGAGAAAUAGUCAAUAUAGAGGAAUCCGCCAGCGUCCAUGGGGCAAGUGGACAGCUGAAAUCAGGGAUCCUUACAAAGGGGUUCGUGUCUGGCUUGGGACAUUCGGCACUGCUGAAGAGGCUGCAAGAGCUUAUGAUGUUGAAGCCCGUCGUAUCCGGGGCAAGAAAGCUAAGGUGAACUUCCCUGAAACACCUGCAAGUGCCCAAAAGCGCCACCACAAACCAACUCUGCAAGCACCAAAACCAGCAAUGUCAGAAAAACACAAGUUUAACCAGACUUUCAAGUGCCUGAGUGACCUGGACUGUGAUAUCUAUUCUACUAUGGAGCACAAGGGAGUUGAGGAGAUUAGUAAGCCUGAGUUUGUGAACUCUAUGGAUUGUUUGGAUUUUGGAUGGGAACACAAGACCAGGACUUCUGAGAUCGCAUCACUUCUUGCUCCCACCAUGACUGGAGGUAAUGAAUCUGGAUUCCUGGAGCAUGGUAGCCCCAAGAAGAAAUUAAAAAACAAUUCUAGGGAGGCAAUCCCAGCAGUUGAAGACUCUGCAAUGAAAUUCUUUGAGGACCUAUCUGACUUUCAUACAUUUAUGGAGUUCCUGCAGAUCCCUUGUGCAGAGGGGAGCUUGGAUGCAUCAAUUGACAGCCUUUUCAGCUCCGAGGUGGCUCAGGAGGGGUUGAGCACUUUGGACCUUUGGAGCUUUGAUGACCUGCCCAUGGAAGGCAAUGUUUACUGAAUGAUGGUGGUCCUUGCAACUGGUGCUCUGCAAAUAAAGACAAUGUAAGCAUUCCAUGAGCUGGAUGUGGUUUGAAAUUCCAUGCUGUGGUUGAUCUUCUCCAGAAAAAGGCCUUCUUCAGUGCGUUAUAAUUCAGAAGGCAAUUAAUGGAGUCGAAAAAUCUGCCUGACUGGUGAUACUGUUGUUUCGAGUGUAGUAGAUAUGAGAGUUUGCAAGUUAAAUCAAAAAUAAUAGCCCUUGUUGUAAAGGAUGGAAUAAAUAAAACAAAUUACAAUGUAAAGUCAGAUUAUCCCUCCUCUUGCAUCCUUUCUGCAACAAGAUGUUAACAUACUGGUAAGCGAGGAGAAUGCCUGGCAAGAGAUGAGAACCCUCUGAAAGCAUUGUAAUGGUGGUUGUAAUGUUGAUAAUGGUUAUUAUUUUGAACCAUGUUUCAAAUGGAUUCCUGCCAUAAUUUUGUAGUUA